UCUGCACACAUGCUCGACAGAUCUAUUUGCAGAGCGAGCUGCAGUGAGAAGCUUUGUCCUCUUAGGGGUUUUCGAGCUCGUGUUUGCUUCGCCCUCCAAAUUCGUUUAACGGUGAACAAUGUAGCAGCCGACGACGGCGACGUUUCAUCACCGGGAGGACAUUUAAAACGAACCCCCACCGGGACCGCUCGUUGAACGGAUGUUAAAUCUCAUAAUUUAAUUGGAGGUCAUUUAAACCUGAACUCCCCCUUCUCAUUGGGAUCUAGAAAAGAGAAUAUUUGAUUCGUGCAUAUUUUUAUCGGACAAAUCUAACCGUAAUGUAACGGCAUUUUUUUUUUGUGGUAAGCGGUCUUUCUAAGAGUGGGUGUCCGUUAUUUUUCGGCUGAGAUGUGAGAGAGUUGUCGUGAUUUCUGCUGCAGUCCCGCUGUUUUAGCCUACAUCGGCUGUAUAAGGAACAAUAGCCUCCAAUCUGUGGAUGAACAGGGAGUUUGGUGGUGCCACCGCUAGGUUUCUAAGGAGAAGUGUUCACAUUGCAAAAUGAGACUUGGCUGCAUUCACACAUAGUUUGGAGCAGAAUAUGGAUUUUUUUUCUGUCGUCCUGGCUCAGAGUUGGGAAUGCGGUAAUGGAGAACCGGAAUAAUCCAAUAUAGCCUAACCGCUCGUGGCUGGAAGAAACGAAUAGACCCGUGGGAACGAGAAUGUUGGCGGUCCUGGAAAUUGUAGCCUGCAACACCGUAAAUCAAUCAACGACCGACUCAGUAAACGAAUUAUUGCUGAUUUGACCGUGGCGUCGGUCGACGGUAGCCUACCCUAGAACAAACCGUCAAUAACGGAAAAUCGAUAUUUGUAUUGAUGACGGAAUCACAUCGAUGAUAACAACCCACUCGGCGCACGACACUACUCCACGUUCAGAAGAGAAUCAUAGACCGUGGGUGGGCGUUGUAAGCAGUGUUGUUGACCGGAAGAGGACACAUAUUUCGGUCUGACAGAUUGGCAGUGACACCGGCGGGUCUGUGCGUGUGAGAGGAUGGCGGCGGUAGUAAACUACUCUCCCCCAUGGUGGGUCAACCUGCUCCACCGCCUCCCCCACUUCAACCUGCAGUUUGAGACGGUCAGCAGCGACUUCAAACCCGAGGACUCAGAGUACCAGAAGUCGGUGCUGUUGCUAGGCGGAAUAGCGUUGGUGUGUCUGGCUCUGGAUCUCCUCUUCCUUCUCUUCUACUCUUUCUGGCUGUGCUGCCGACGACGCAAGACCCAUGACGACACACGUUCUCACUCACACACACACCAGCCCCCCAACCCUGACUGCUGUUGUACAGCCUGGUGUGUCAUCAUCGCCACACUCGUCUGCAGUGCCGGCAUCGCCGUGGGUUUCUAUGGAAAUGGGGAGUCAUGUGAUGGAGCCAACCGCCUGGCGUAUUCUCUACGGCACGCCAACCGCACCGUGGCAGGGGUCGACAAACUGGUGACGGACAGCGCCGUGUCUCUGAACCAGACAGUGGAAGGAGGUCUGGUCCAGUUGGAGACGGUCUACUCGGAACAGACUGACUACGUGUCCAUCGUCCAGAAGCUCCAGGGUCAGCUGGAUGAGCUGGUCAGACUCAUGGUGGACAUCCCCUUCUGGGGAAACGCUGACAUCUCCCUAGAAGACCUGGCCUUCAAGACGGAAGCCUUUGACUGGUACAGGUGGCUGGUAUACCUGACUCUGCUGCUGUUUGAUGUUCUGAUCUGUCUGCUGGUUCUGUUUGGACUGAUACGCAACUCUAAAGGCACUCUGAUUGGGGUGUGUUUGUUGGGUGUUCUGACUCUCAUCAUCAGCUGGGGGUCUCUGGGACUGGAGCUGGCAGCUGCCGCGACGGCCAGCGACUUCUGUGUUUCCCCGGAUACCUACAUCACCAGGGUAACCAAGGAGAACGCUGUCAUCAACCAAGAUAUCCUGCAGUAUUACCUGAGGUGCAGCAGUGGCCAAUCAAAUCCUUUCCAGCAUAAGCUGUCUGGCAGUCACAAGGCCCUGGUUGAGAUGCAAGAUGACGUGGCAGAACUCCUACAGUCAGCUAUACGGGAUUACCCCACCACCAAGGGGACUCUGGAACAGAUUCAGACUGUGUUGAACUCUACGGAGGUUGGCCUUCAUCAACUCACCGCUCUGGUCGACUGUCGCAGCCUGCACAUGGACUAUGUCCAGGCUCUAACAGGGUUGUGUUAUGAUGGAGUGGAGGGGCUGAUCUACCUGGUGCUGUUCUCCUUCGUCACAGCCCUCAUGUUCUCCUCCAUCGUCUGCAGUGUGCCACACACCUGGCAGAGCAAGAGGACGGAUGAUGAGGAUGGAGAAGACGAGUCUGCUGCCCAAGGCAAUCGGGGGGCGGGUCCUCAUGAUAACCUGUACCGCGUGCACAUGCCCAGCCUCUACAGCUGUGGUAGCAGCUACGGCAGCGAAGCUAGCAUCCCUGCUACGGCCCACACUGUCAGCAAUGCCCCUGUCACUGAGUACAUGACCCAGAACGCAAACUUUCAGACCCCCAGGUGUGAGAACACGCCUCUGAUUGGCAGGGAAUCCCCUCCACCCUCUUACACCUCGAGUAUGAGGGCCAAGUAUCUGGCCACCAGUGGACCGGACCAGAACCGACGGUCAGUCCCCAAUGACCAGUUGGACCCAGCCAGCCGACCACAUCCCCUCGCCAGACCACAGUCAUCUGUCCACUAGAACCUUCCAAAACCUCCUACAACCUAUUAUAACCUACCAGAAUCUUCUAGACAGAACUCAUCAACCACAAAAGAACGGGAACAAACCAGAACCAAUUUUUCAUUCCACUAAAGAACCACAACCCACUAGAACCACCAACUCCUUAGAACCUGUUGACACAAUAGUCCACGUAUAGAACCAGAACCACUAAGGAUCACAACCACCUCCUCGGCCCAUAGGAACCACUAAAAUAAUACUUCUCAGAUUCACCUGAACAGACCACAGUGGGUUGAAAACCAGAGCCAACCAACGGACCGCCCAGCCCAGCUCACCAGAACAGCGCCUCAACCAAUCAGCCAACCAACACCAACCAACCUACCUACAGACUCCAGAAGAUCACCAUGAACCUUGUAGAUCUCCCCCCUCCCCCCACCACCACCUCAGCUCCAUCUCCCCUACAACCGUCCCACAGUCCCACUCAGCUCUACACCAUCUCACGCUGGAUCCUCCACCUCUUUACCAAGUAUACUGCCCUCUGGUGGUCACUGCCGGUAUGAGCCUGUUUAUUAAGUAUACUGCCCUCUGGUGGUGACUGCCGGUAUGAGCCUGUUUAUUAAGUAUACUGCCCUCUGGUGGUCACUGCCGGUAUGAGCCUGUUUAUUAAGUAUACUGCCCUCUGGUGGUGACUGCCGGUAUGAGCCUGUUUAUUAAGUAUACUGCCCUCUGGUGGUCACUGCAGGUAUGAGCCUGUUUAUUAAGUAUACUGCCCUCUGGUGGUGACUGCCGGUAUGAGCCUGUUUAUUAAGUAUACUGCCCUCUGGUGGUCACUGCCGGUAUGAGCCUGUUUAUUAAGUAUACUGCCCACUGGUGGUCACUGCCGGUAUUAGCCUGUUUAUUAAGUAUACUGCCCUCUGGUGGUGACUGCAGGCCGGCAUUAGCCUGUUUAUUAAAUAUACUGCCCUCUGGUGGUCACUGCAGGUGUGAGCCACACACACACAAACAUCCUGUAUAGAACUGUAAAUAGUGAAAUAGUAUGAGUUACAUUCUGGUGGAAGACUCAACUGAAACAUGGUGGUAUUUAGAGUGUGUUUCCAAGGACUGAGGCUGUAUCUCAUUCUACGCCACACACACACACACACACACACAGAGGCCUGUACGUGUGUGUACCCCUCUCUACUCUACCUGCCUCUGUAAACAACCGUCCUGCCAUCUAAUCUACCAAGCCACUAGGACACAGAAUCUGACUGCAAAACGGCCCCGGCACUCUGCAAAACGGCCCCCGGCACUCUGCAAAACGGCCCCCGGCACUCUGCAAAACGGCCCCCGGCACUCUGCAAAACGGCCCCCGGCACUCUGCAAAACGGCCCCCGGCACUCUGCAAAACGCUCCAACAUUCCUGUAACAUCUGGAGUUUAAAACUUCACUGCAAAGGGCUGUUGUGCAGACGGACCAUGUGAUCUGAAGCUGAAUCAGAAAGCCAUGUUGUGGAGUAACCACUCUCUGUAGAUAGAUUUAGCCACCACUGUACAGCAGACGAAAGGAUAAGGGAGAGCUCACCUGUGGGGUCACAACUCUGUAUAAUGAGGGAUGUGAACUCUCCUAAACUGAAGGACAUGGAGAGCUCACCUGUGGGUUAAACAACUCUGUAUAGAGGGAUGUGACCUCUCCUAAACUGAAGGACAUGGAGAGCUCACCUGUGGGGUCACAACUCUGUAUAGAGGGAUGUGAACUCUCCUACACUGAAGGACAUGGGAGAGCUCACCUGUGGGGUCACAACUCUGUAGAGGGAUGUGACCUCUCCUAAACUGAAGGACAUGGAGAGCUCACCUGUGGGCUCAUAACUCUGUAGAGGGAUGUGACCUCUCCUAAACUGAAGGACAUGGAGAGCUCACCUGUGGGUUAAACAACUCUGUAUAGAGGGAUGUGAACUCUCCUAAACUGAAGAACAUGGGAGAGCUCACCUGUGGGGUCACAACUCUGUAGAGGGUUGUGACCUCUCCUAAACUGAAGGACAUGGAGAGCUCACCUGUGGGGUCACAACUCUGUAUAGAGGGAUGUGAACUCUCCUAAACUGAAGAACAUGGGAGAGCUCACCUGUGGGUUAAACAACUCUGUAGAGGGAUGUGACCUCUCCUAAACUGAAGGACAUGGAGAGCUCACCUGUGGGUUAACAACUCUGUAUAAUGAGGGAUGUGAACUCUCCUACACUGAAGGACAUGGAGAGCUCACCUGUGGGUUAAACAACUCUGUAUAAUGAGGGAUGUGACCUCUCCUACACUGAAGGACAUGGAGAGCUCACCUGUGGGUUAAACAACUCUGUAUAAUGAGGGAUGUGACCUCUCCUACACUGAAGGACAUGGGAGAGCUCACCUGUGGGUUAAACAACUCUGUAGAGGGAUGUGACCUCUCCUAAACUGAAGGACAUGGAGAGCUCACCUGUGCCAAAAUAACUGAAUAAUGAGGGAUGCUCAACUCUUUAUCCCAUCAUUCCUUUUUUUAGUUCCUUAAUUCUCAGAAAGGGAAAAUAAAUCCUGGAUAAUGUUGGAUCAUACGGUGAAAGACAGAGAAAGACUCUUAAAAUAAAAUGUGUUUUUAAUUUAGUUUUAAAAAAUGUAACUUGAUAAUGAAGAAUUGGGUGCUGUGACCAACUUUCUCUUUAAAUAAAUAAAAUGUUUACUUCAUUUUUAGUAUUUCGUCAAACAGGGAUCUUCUUUGACGACCUGACUAAAGGUCACGAUGAGGUUAGAGGUCACAACCUUUCUCAAAACAGGGAAGUUUUUUUUCUUUCUUCUUCUUCUCAGAAGCACAAACGAUCUUCGAGGGGACGAUGGGAGACGGAGAAGUAGAACAUCCACACGUCGCCGUAACGUGUGUGCGUCGUGGGAACGCUCAGAGCCUCGUGAAAGAUGCCUGAUCUCGCGACAGCUCUUGUUCCGUUUCCCGGUGAAGCGAAAGGAAACAUCUCCUUAACCUAGGUUAGGGGCCAACCAUAGUUAGACAGAGGACUCUCUAAAGACCCUCGUACCUUACUAGCUACUCUAACUCUAUGGGGCUGCCAGUAGUUUAUCUCUAGGGGCCGACCAUAGAGUAAGAUAGAGGACUCUAAAGUUCACUCUUACUUCACUAGGUACUCGAUCUAACUCUAUGGGUCUGCCAGUCGUUCUCUCUCUCGCUACUAUGUGCCGUGAAGUGUAUGAUGAUAAUAGUGUAGCUGUGAUCUCUCUCAUCACUCUUGUGUGUGAUGGCUCGUCCAGUGUAGUUUUGGUAUUGCUCUCUUCUCUCCUGUGUGUGCUGUCUGUCUGUACGUACAGUACAGUGGUCUGUGUGUGCUGUCUGUCUGUACGUACAGUGGUCUGUGUUGCCAGCAAAUGAAGGGUCAUUACUUUUAUCCAAUCUUCAUCUAAGAAACACACACACUAAUGUUCAUUGCAGACACACACAUUGCAGACACAGACAGUAUUCUUUAUAUCUAGCCAUAGUCCUGUGAACUGUCUCACACACACACACACACACACACACACACACACACACACACACACACACAAUAGAACUACAGUACACCCUCACUCCUGUAAAUUUGACACUGGUUAGCAUUUGCAUCAUGGGAAAUGUAGUGUAUUAACUACAGGGAUUUCCAGUUAAUGGGAGAAAGAGUCCAUAGGAAUUAUCUUUCAAACGAUCUUGAUUAACUCGCUCUGGGUAGAAGUUGCCUUUAACCACAGAUCUAGGAUCAAUUUACUCUCCCAUUAUCCUAAUCUUAAACAUUAGGCGGAACACAAUUUUUUUUUCUUAGAUCAGUGUCUAGGAAGCAACUUCAUCCUACCCUGACAAACUCAGUGUGUGUGUGUGUGUGUAUAAUUUACUGUGAAUGAAAGACCAGCGAGACAAUCGUAACUGGCGUGAUUCCACCCGUUCUUAAUGUUCUGUUUAUCACGUCACCAUGACAACGCUACCUAUACUACGGCGUUUUGCACGACGGGAGGAGGACCGAAAAAAUAAAUAUAUAUAUAUACACUGUUGGAAACUAAAAGAACCAAUGGCCUUUUCUUAAACUUGUAACAAUCUAACAACUCUUCAUAUCACACGUUUUAAUUUGUCUGUCUUCUAAAAAAAAAUAAUCAUAAAAAAACAAACUCUAGCUAGCUCUUUUUGUAGGGUAAUAAUUAUUAUUAUUAUUAUGGCAAGAGCACCAUUUUGUUUUCUGUUUUUCUUUAUAAUAAUGCUGAAUGACUGUCUUGAAUUGCAUUUUUUAUUUUAUUUUAAUAAAACUGUACUGUAGAUUUUUUUUGAUGGUGGUUUUUAUGUACCUGGCUACAACAACGGUUUACUAAGAUGAUAAUACUGUCUGUUCUCAACUGUGGUGGUGACAUUAUUGAGCCUGGAAUCCAUGUUUUAAAAACAGAAUUAAAACAACUUUGACUCAGAA